AUGCUGCACUCGAGUGUGCUCCCGCUGCAGGUGUUUAGCGACGCAUGGCAGGGCGCUGCGCGUGUUCUCCAGGCCAAGGAUGGCGAGACAGGCGACUCUGACGCACUCGGACAAUGGCACGUGACCCAGCUGCCAGCGAUAAUCGACACAGAAGCAGAAGAGUGGGACGACUACCGCCUGAAACGAGCCAGCACGCUAGGUGACGUGGAUGGACUGUCGAUGCAUCCGCUCGCGCAUGCGUGGGCGAAAGACCGGCUUAGGAAAGAGCAGCAGCAGACGGCAUAG